AGGAUUAAUGCUACCAACAGACACAGAACAAUUUGCUUCAGGCUCAAUGUCAAGUUUUACUAUAAAAUGGUGGGACAUUUUCACUGGUGUUUUGGAUAUAAAACGGCAGCACAAAGAUUACCUUCGCAAAAAGAACGAGAAUCUAACAAUCACAGGAGAAAACAGAAGAAUUCGGAGAUUUCCACUGAGGGAAAGAUACACCAAAGUAACUAUUGUUCCUUCACUGGGUGAGCAGGAACACACAGACAAUACACUGAAGACCAGGAGUACGGCAGGUGGAGAAAUCUGGAGGAAAGCUGAGCAAAAUUAUCGGGAAGAAAUACCGUUAGAUAGGUUACUGAGAAAACAUUGUAAUCAGACGGGAGGCACUGGGACCACUCUCAUCAUUGGACCAUCAGGUUUUGGGAAAAGUACCAUAAUACAGAAAAUAAUACAUGGCUGGGCAGCAGGUGAAAUGUACCGAGAGAUUGACGUGAUCUUUCCAUUUAAAGUUCAGAAAUUGAAUUCCAUCGAUGGGGAAACCUGCUUAAAUGAACUGAUAUUAGAUUUCUUUCCCAAUUUCACAAACUACUUAGAGUUUCUGUGGAACAAACCAGAGAAAAUACUGUUCAUAUUCGAUGACUUGGAUCUUUUCCAGAAACCCAUCGAUAUCACUGAGGUGCCAAGUGCCAAUGGUGAUGGAUCUCAGAGUUUCGGGCCUGAACAUUUGUGUGAAAUCUCCCACAUUGUGUGCAGUCUGAUAAAAGGGCAGUUGCUGAAAGGCUGCUCAGUGUUGGGAACGAGUUCCCCAUGGAAACUGCAGACUCUUGAGAAAGUCGGAUUAAAUCGAGUUGUCGAUAUCCUGGGCUUCAGUGCAGACACGAUGAAAGAAUAUUCUCAUCGCUGCUCUGCAGCUGGACAGUUUGCUUCAGAUUUUAUUGAUCAGGAUGAGAAAUUAUACGCCAUGUGCCAUAAUCCUCGCUUCUGCUCGGUUCUAUGUUCAAUACUGGAAGCCCAGCAGAAAGAAGGAGCCCAGAUACCAGCAUUCACAACCUGUACAAGGGUGUUCCUCACUUAUGUCACUUGUCUUUUGAAGAAAUGUUUUUAUGAUGAUGUCAAUGCUCACAAUGUCCUUCUGAAAUUGGGUAGCUUAGCCUACUGGGGAAUUUGCAAUAAAACCAAUGUGUUUAAUAGUGGCCAAUUCAAACAGCACAAGCUCCCUAUUUCCAACUGGAUCUCGGGAUUUAUGAUAGAAAUUCAAGACAAUGAUGGUAUUAGCUACGUGUUCACUCACCCCAUUUUGAAGGAUUUUGUUGCUGCCCUGUUUAAAUGUCAAAGUACACCAGCUGACCAAGUGAAAAAAAUACUUACUGAAUGGUACAGCUGCACGGACGACAGGUUUAAAUUUGUUUCCCGUUUCUUCAUUGGCCUCUCAUCACCAAAUUCAUUGAAACAGGUUGGGUUUUACUGGGGAGAACUACAGUCUGAAACAGCUUCAAAUGUAUCAGACUGGCUGAAAGAAAAAUUCAACAGUUAUGUGCAGAACCUGGAAAGUGAGAGAAACCAAAAAGGUCUCCUUGAAAUAUUGCAUUGUCUCCUUGAAUUUGGUGAUGCCAUGCUGCUAAAAGAUGUCUUAACUCCAAUGAAGACAUUACGAUUCACAAAGUGCCCUCAUAAAACCUUUGACUGUACGGUUCUGUCAAAAGCUUUAAUGAUGGUUCAGGAGAUUGAGGAGCUGGAUCUGGACGGUUGUGGGAUAGGAAAUGAGGGCAUCCACCAGCUGGAGUCAGUGUUACAUAAAUGCGAGGUACUCAGACUCAACAUGAAUAACCUGGGUGAUUUGGGAGUGACACAUCUCUCUGCCAUUCUAAAGUAUUUAUAUUGCAAAAUAGAGACAUUGUCCUUAAAAUCCAAUAAUCUCACAGAUGGCUGUGUGGAAAUCUUAACCUCUGCUCUUCGUGAAAAUACUGUGUUGUUAAAACUGGACAUCAGCAAUGAUGAUCUGAAUGGUGACCAUGCCAACAGGCUGACAGAUCAAUCUGUUCCUGCACUAUCCCAGUUCAUUCAGAAUUGCACACGAAUGACUGAAAUCAACUUGAAGAAUAAUCUAUUCUCUGGGGAAGGACUGAAAAGAUUUAAGUGGGUUCAUCCAUCAAGUGAUUUAACUGUAAUAACAGAGUGAAAGAGGCAAACCUGAUGACGAUCGUGAUUCUUUUCAAAGGAAACUGUGGCCUUUCCAAGUGUAUCUCUGUCUACAUGGUAGCCAUGGCAACAGCAGAUCUAUUGGUGAUGCUCAUCAACGUGAUGCUAUAUCACAUUUUCACCUUUCAUUUUCCAUUUUCAUUAUUGGCCUUAACUCCCAUUUGCAAGCUAAUUUUAUAUUUAACCACCGUCACCAUUGACUUGUCCGUUUGGUUCACCGUCAGCUUCACAUUUGACAGGUUUGUAAUUAUCUGCUGCCAAAAGCUUAGAACAAGCCAUUGCACCCAGAAAACUGCAGUGACCGUUACAGUAUCAUUCUGUGUCAUGAUGGGGAUAAAGAACAUUCCAUUUCUCUUUGCAUUUGAACCUCAGCAAAUCAUCAAUAAGAUGCAGUGGGGUUGCAGGACAAGGGAAAGCUUCUUCUCUUCACCACCAGGGGCAGCCUACGCCUGGUUUCAUGUUGCCUGGGUUGUCUGCCUUCCCUUCACAUUCAUCAUACUGUUUAACUCUCUGACAAUCAGACGCAUCUUGGUCGGCAGCAGAGCCCGCAGUGGACUGAGAGGGACACGUG